AUGUCGGACAUCCACAAGAAACUACUGACCAAAUAUAAAUUAGAUCUCAAGUUACCAGACACUCCGUUAUCCCUCACCGAUCAUUGCUCGAAUAAACUAAUCAGACUGAUGACGGACGAGGACAAAAUCCUCAAGGAUGUGAAGAAGGCGAAAAACGACUUCAUAGUUCAGUGCACUUAUGAUGGCAAGGAAUGCAGAAAAAAAGGCACAAAUUUCGUGCAAUUUGAAGACCCACACUACGGAAACUGUUUCAGUUUCAACUCCAUCAGGUAUCAAGAAGACAAUUCGACUUAUAAAUUCCGCAGCAGUAGCAAAACGGGUCAUGAAUUCGGGCUAAAACUAACUUUAUUCCUUGAUUAUGCAGAGUACAUUGGACUAUUUGCACCAAAUGCUGGAGCUCGGGUAUUAGUGCACGACCCUCGAGUUCAGCCUGAUAUACAAGCUGCGAGUUUUUCAGUCGCAGCUGGCGAAACAACUUUCAUAGCUAUGAAAUUGGAAGAGGUUCAAAGAAAAGGCGGCAAAUACAACGAUUGUUCCGAGAAGUGGCCCAAAUCACUGAAACUUUCGGAACAAGCUCAGAAGGCAUGGCCAACUUAUACACAGGAAUCUUGUUUGAAAUUUUGUUUGACCAACGCCUUAGCUACUAAAUGUGAAUGCACAGACAUUUAUGAUGUUGAUUUCAGUGCGGAUGAAACGAUUAGGAGGAACUCGUUGUAUUAUUGUCGAGCCACGAAUCGCAGAGAGAGCGAAUGUCGCAACGACGUUUACGCUGUUUGAGAAACAACAGCCUCACCUGUGACUGUCUCCCUGCCUGUCAUACGAACGAAUACAUCCUCACUCAAUCUAGAUCUCCUUGGCCGUCGAAAACCUACAGUCCCUAUCUCGCUUCAAAGCUGAUUAAAUCUGACUCAAGUCGGGUUGUGUCUUACAUGCAAGACCUUCUCAUCAGAAAUGUCAGUGAAAAUACAAUGCAAGAAAGCUUCAAGGAAAACUUUGUGAGGCUGGAAAUCUUUUACGAAGCGCUGAAUUUCAGGAAAAUAUCAGAAUCUCCGGCGUACGACUUCUCUUCGUUGAUUUCAGAUUUCGGCGGUAAUCUUGGACUUUGUCUUGGGUGGAGUAUGCUCAUAUUUUUUGAACUGGUUGAAUUUUUCUUCCGUUGUGUGAGAGCUUGCAUGCACUAAGAGCCAAAAAUUUAAGAAAA